GUACUGUAACCAGGUGUUGAAUAAAGAGAUAGAUGAGAGUGUGACGAUGCUGCUGCAGGAACUGGUCCGGUUCCAGGAGAGGGUUUAUCAGAAGGACCCCAGCAAAGCCAAGACCAAACGCAGACUGGUCAUGGGCCUUAGAGAGGUCACCAAACACAUGAAGCUCCACAAGAUCAAGUGUGUCCUCAUCUCACCCAACUGUGAGAAGAUCCAGGCCAAAGGGGGUCUAGAUGAGGCUCUGUACAACGUCAUAGCCAUGGCCAGAGAACAGGAGAUCCCGUUUGUGUUUGCUCUGGGUAGGAAGGCUCUGGGACGCUGUGUCAACAAACUGGUGCCUGUCAGUGUGGUGGGCGUCUUCAAUUUCUCUGGAGCAGAGGGUCUGUUUAACCGGCUAGUGUCUCUGACGGAGGAUGCUCGUAAGUCCUACAAGGACAUGGUGUCAGCGCUGGAGCAGGAGCAGGCUGAGGAGGCGCUGAAGAACGUCAAGAAGGUCACCCACCACAUGGGCCACUCCAGGAACCCCUCCGCUGCCUCCGCCAUCUCCUUCUGCUCCGUCAUCUCUGAACCCAUCUCUGAGGUCAACGAGAAGGAGUACGGUAAGAGAUGA